GUGUCAUGGCGGCCAGCGAUGUAAACACAAAUCCAAGUGAGUAACAGAGAGCUGGAAGGAGGACUGAGGAUCAGAGAUGUCCUCCGGGAAGAAACUAACCAAAGAAGACACAUGGAGAUCAGAUGAUUUAAUAAGGCACAUCCGGAGCCAAGAAGAGGAGAGCAGGAAGAGAGAGAGAUCACACAGAGACCCAGAGAAAGACAAGAGGAGGCACAGAGAGGAAAGCGGCAGGAGAGGAGAAGCAGGGGAUGAGCGAGAGAAAGAGAAGAGGAGAGAGCGAGAGAGAGAUUGGGGUGAGGCGGAGUACAGAGACAGCAGAAGAGAGAGACAUAAGGACAGAGACAGAGAAAAAGAGAAAGAACGAGACAGAGAUGGAUUGAGAGAAAGGGUGAAAGAGAGAGACAGGGAAAGAGAAUUAGAGAGGGAAAAGAGGACGAGGGAGAAAGAUAGAGACAGAAAUAAAGAGAGGGAUAGAGAAAAGGACCAAGAGAGAGAAAAGAGGCACAGGGAGAGAGAAAAAAAAGACCGAGAUAGACUGAGAGAGAAAGAGCGAGACCGAGGGGAAGAGAGGGAUAGGGAGAAAGACAGAGAGAAGGAGAGAAGGAGGGCAGAGCGAGAAAAUGAAAAAAGAAAAGAAAAGCAGAUUAGUCUAGAUGGGGACCACAAGUUCCGGGACAGAGAGAAAGACAGGAAAGAGAGGCACAGAGAGAGGGAGCAUCGACGAGAACGUGAGCGCCGUGGAGGUGAAGAACAGGAAAAUGAACGGAGGGAGCAAGAAAGACGAGAGAAGCACAGCCACCGACAGCAUACUGGACAAACACAUGGAGAGGAAAGCAGUGAGCGGAGGAGAAGAGAGAAAGAGCAGCAGGAGGACAGACAGACAGAGCGGAGACACAGACGUCAGGAUGGAGACGGAGUGAGUGACAGAGAGGAGAGGGAUAAACGGAGAGAACAGAGACACAACGACUCAAAUCAGAGACACAGAGAGCAUGAGAGCAAACACCGGCAAACCAAGCAAGAGGUUGGAAAUGAGGUGACUGAGGAUGCGUUUGAAGGUGCAGAGGCGUAUGAGGAUGAUUUUGAGGACUAUGAAGAAGACUUUGAGGAGUUUGAUGAGGAAGAAGAAAAAGAAGAAGAAGAGGUGCAUGAAACUGAAAGGAGGGAAGUGGAGAGAGAGCUGAGUCCACGCAGCAGACGGGAGGUGGAGGCCAUCCGGAGAGCCAUGGAGAAGGAGAAUGAGCUGAUCACCACUGCACACGCCACACCCUCAACCCAGGAGUCUGAGAUCUCCCUCAGUGGGAGCGCCAAUCCGAAGAGCCUUUCGAGGAAAAGCCGAACGUACAGCAGAGCCAUCGACUUCACCGCGGCGAGGCAGAGAGAGAUAAACCAGCAAGCAACAGAUAAACAGAAGAAACGCAGCGCCGAGCUCCUGCGCCUGAUCGAGCUGGACUUUUCCGUCACCGAGUGUCUCCUGGAUCUGCCUCCAGUCCACGAGUACGACUUGUACAUCAAGAGCUAUGGGAUGGCCAACACCAAGCAGGCCUAUGUGCAGUGCAACGAGGACAACAUCGAGCGAGACACUCAGACAGAGGAGACGGACGUCACGGACACGUGGACACAGCAUCCGGCGGAGAGCAGCGUCGCGUGUGGAGGCCCACGGGUUUCCCAGAACACAGCAGGCGAGUCCGUCACCAGGACGACCCAGGACUCAAAGCACCUCGCCGCGUUUCUCCGCUCUGCCACACAGGUGAUGGCAGUGUUGCUGGAGGAGAACAUCGCUGAGAGUAACUCUGUGAAAAAGCUGCAGUCCCAAAUACAUGCACACUCCUUCAGUGACGGCUGUGUUCAUCUCAACACUAAACUGAACUUUCUACAAGGUCGACAGGUGACGUUGUUGCACUUCUCCCAGACACAGACCCACACCUUCCUCUCCGUUCACACCCCAUGCUCCAGCUCAAGCGAUGUCACACUCGACAGUCAGACACUGGUCUGUGUGUGGAACAUCUGGGAGCCGUCCACACCUCAGAGCAUCCUCGUUUGUGAAGCUGAGGUGCAGAGCUGCUGUUUCAGUCCCGGGAAGGCCACCUUGGUGUUUGCUGGGACAGACGUGGGUUCUGUGUUGGUGUGGGAUCUGAGAGAACAUUCCAGCUCUCACUCGCACAUCAGAGUGUGUGAGGAGGAGUGGACCCUGCGUCACCCGACAUUCUCCACCGAUGCUGUGCUCUCGGGGGCGGGGCAUUUCUCCUCUGUAGUAUCAGUCGAGCCUGUCCUGGUCAACAUAGGGGCGGGGCUUAGAGACCCACUGCUUCCAGACCAAGAAGAGUCACUGGGUCUGUCGUUCCAGUUGGGGUCACUGGAUGAAAACGGACUCCUGAAUCUUUGGGUUGUCGUCGAGUUGCCCAAAGCGGAAGACUCUGGAUCCCAAACAGACCUGGGCCUGCGUCCAGGUGGGAAGGUGAAGCUCCUUCACACUUCCUCUCUACAGACCACCCGUCGAAUGGACAAAGGGGUCGUGGGUGUCGCAUCUCAUCUGAGCUUCAUCCUGAAAUUCCUCCCCUCGGAUUCGAACCACUACUUCGUCGGGAGUAACAUGGCUUUGGUGAGACACGGGACCAGACAUGGAGUCCAAGCUGUCCCGAAGCUCUACAGGCCUAAAGAUGGAGAGAGACCAGUGGACGUCAUGGCUCUAGAGUUCUGCCCCACUGGAGAACCGUUCUUUCUGGCGGGCUGCAGUGAUGGUUCAAUGCGUCUCCAUGCGCUACCGUAUGAGGAGGCUGUGUGCGAGUGGGCUGUAAGUCCGAGCCGCCGUGCUGUUCAGUGCAUACGCUUUUCCCCGACACGGUGCUCCGUGUUCUUCACUCUGGACUCUGCAUCUGUCCUGCACAUCUGGGAUCUCACACAGAGAGACGAGUCUCCGCUCAUCACCCACGACUUCCAAGCUGACCCCGUAUCCGCCAUGGCUGUGUUUGGCGACGCCCACAAACAGAACCCGUACUCCGGCAUCGCUCUGGCUAAACACUCAGGCAGACUGGAGAUCCACUUCCUGCUUCCCUCGCUCACACUUCCUCAAGCCUCAGACAUGGAGAAACUCCGCUCGAUGGCGCGGGACGCACUCUGAACACACACACACACACACACACACACACACACACACACACA